ACGCUACACCCAUAAACCAUUACUAAGAGGGCAAUUUUCUACGUAUACUGUAGCUAGUAGCCUAGGGUUACAGUAGCACUUACUUAACCUGGAUGGCUAUUUUAAAGCAUUGCUUGUGUAUAUGCAUUUUGGUCUGGAGUGGCGUGUUUACAAUGAAAUGAGAGCUGUCUAUAAUGAAUAAUAGAUAUCAUGUCCUGUGUGCUUUACCUCACCUUGUAACACAAAACAGCAGAAGAAGAACAUUGGCUAUACCUGCAGUGGCAUAUGCAGAGCUCAGGCUUUAGGCAGUGAUCUACAGUCUCCAAUAUUCUUGGUCAACCUGCUGCCAAUGACUGAAAACAAACUGAAUUUUCCUUCAGGCAUUUGAAGUGAUGCCGCUCGUCUGGGAUAUUUACUAAUGGGAUUAUAGUGGUUCAUGGAGGACAAAAGACUCUGGGGGAUAUGCUGAUAAGGCCUAUCGGGUUUUUACCAGCUGUCGAGGAUGCUGUAGUACCUACCUGUGGGGGCAACUACAUGUGGGGCAAAUGAGAGUUUCGAAGCGACCAAAUGCAACUUUAUUCCGAAAAUACAGUGGAGCACAUUCCAAUGUUUACCAAGGGGAAAUAGGCUUGAUUGGAGUCAUCAUCCUCUUGUUUGCUUAAUCUAAUUUGAUAAAUUUGUCCCUGAACGAUAUGAGGAGGCAAACGUUGAUGUGCCAUAGCCAGAGAAGUCAUUUUAGGUGAUGGAUUAUCGUCAGAAGAAGAAUUGUACUUUUUUCACUAUUGGAUUGAUAUUUCUGUUAAGUGGCAUUGAGUACGCUGUCAUCCUCCCUACAAUAUGGAGGUAUCUCCAGAUUUUGGAGGCACCUCCAUACUUCCUGGGUCUGGGCUUGUCUGCGUUCAGUCUGAGUGGGCUGCUGACAGGCCCACUGUUCGGCCUCUGGUCCGACCGGACCCGAACUACAAAGACCAUCAUCCUAUACUCCAACGUUUUUGAGAUUGUUGGUAGCUUCAUGUAUUUUAUGGGAUACUCAAAAUGGCUGUUGUUGUGCAGUCGACUUGUAGCAGGUGAGACAAAUACAAAUUCUGGAGUGUUUGUGGUUUUCUGUUGUUGUGCUGUAGGCCUAUAGCCACUCAUUUAAACGCUAAGUGAAUUAUUUACAAUUGUCUGUGUGUGUGUGUGUGAGAAAGUGAUAGAGAGAGAGAUGAAUGGCAUCCCAAUGUUACGGUCCUGAUAUCAUACAGCCUUUGAUUUGGUCACACAAUCUAGACCUAUUUAAUACACGUGUUGAUGCCUUCCAGGUAUUGGUGCAGGAGCAGGCUCCUCCAUCUUUGGCUUCCUCACACGGAGCACCCGGCCAGAGGAACGCGCUGGUGUUUUCGCUGCCAUCAUGGCAUGUCGCCAAGCUGGCCUCCUGAUUGGGCCAGCAUUCAAUUUGUUCCUGAGGCUGUGCGACUUCCAGCUGGGGCCAUUUGUGGUGAACAACUACACCUCUCCCGGGAUCUUCAUGUGUCUGAUGUGGAUCCUGCUCCAGUUUGUGGUGCUGGCCCUGUACUGGGACAUACCACCUAUCAGCUCCGAAGAGGGGGGUAUCGCUGUGGGAGAGAUCGAAGAGGAGGAGCCGCUGGUAAGGGCAGAGGAGACACUGGAGACCUACGGCACUGUCUGGGACGACCAGAUAGAGACAACCCUUUCCUCAGAGAUACACCAUUUCCAGGACCCUUCACAGUGCCCUCCCUCGCCGCCUUACUCUACCUCUUCCUCGUCCCCUCCUUCGACUAUCUCAAACCCCCUCACAAUUUUCAGUGCUAGUCAAGAGUUUCUGAGGGAGGAGGUGGUGGUGCUCCUCACUGCACAGUUCAUCACCCUCUUCAACCAGACAGCACUGGAGACCAUGGUGACACCUCUGACCCAGCGCUCCUUUGGCUUCGGAGAGCUUGCCAACAGCCUGAUGUACAGCCUGUGUGGCGUUGAGGUGAUCCUGGGCUUCUUCUUGGUGCGUGGGCUGAGUCGCCAGGUGGAAGACCGUGUGGUGCUGGCCGUGGGGCUGGUCAUCUGCAGUGUUGCCUGCGUCUGGUGCCUCAUCUUCCUGGCCAACCCCCAGGGCGGGUACUCCUGGGAGUUGGCAACGUUCAUCAUCGGAGUGUUCCUGCAGCUGCUCGGGCUUCCCUUCGUGGCCGUGUCCCAGGUGUCUCUCUUCUCCAAAGUCACUGCAGAGAAAACGCAAGGGUUCAGUCAAGGCGUGAGGCGCUCUGUUGGGGGGCUGGCUACUAUCCUGGGGCCUCUCUGGGCUGGAGGACUGACCGGUAACUUGUACCUGAUGCUUGGAGUGAUGCUGGCUCUUCUCCUCAUGAUCACAGUGAUGCUGAUACUAUCCUAUGAUCGCCUAGUCGAACCCAAAGUAGUGCAGCACGCCCAGAGCUCAGACAAUGGAGAAUAGACAAGAGUCAUGUUCAGUAGGGAGAAAAUGUUUUGAAAUGGGGAGGCAUGACCUGAACUUGUCCAAUAAGAGCACAGCUUCUGGGUUUCCGUUGCAACGCAUAUUGCUACGGGUAUGCACUACUGAACACGUCCCUGCUGUCAACUUGAAUGACAACUGAAGCCCUAAUAAAGGUCAAAGGUGAGGUGAUGUGACACAUACAGUGUGUCUCCCAACUACUAUGAGAAGGUCAAUGAAUGCACAUUACAAUAAAGGUGGCGUGUGUCUAAACUCUGCAAUGCAGCAGAGAUCCAACCAAUGACCUAGAGGCUAAUCCAACCCACUUUAAAGCUCUGUGGAGUCUAUUUUACGUUCACACUUUAUUUGGAUAGUCCAGUCAUACUAUCAACAAAGUAUCUGUUGAUAAGCAACUUUCUAAAUGUUUUUAUUUCACCUUUAUUUAACCAGGUAGGCUAGUUGAGAACAAGUUCUCAUUUGCAACUGUGACCUGGCCAAGAUUAAGCAAAGCAGUUCGACACAUACAACAACACAGAGUCACACAUGGGAUAAGCAAACAUACAAUCAAUAAUAGAGUAGAAAAAUCUGUAUACAGCAUGUGCAUAUGAGGUAGGAUUAAGGGAGGUAAGGCAAUAAAUACUUCUUGCUAAGGUUGUUGUUAGGGUUAGGUUUAGAAUAAGGGCUAAGGUUAGGGUUAGGGCUAGGGUUAAGAUUAGGGUUAGAAAUAGGUUCAGGGUUAGUACAUAGUUAGUUGAAACGUUACUGAGUCUGUAGAGCAUCUACAGAUGGACUAUUCAAAUAAAGUGUUGCCCAUUUUCCUAUCCCAACAUGAAUCUUUGCACAUUUUAGCAAACUUCUUUGAAAUAUUGUUGCUUGUAGUGUUUCUGUAGUAGAUAGAAUAUUUCAUAUCUACCAAAAGACGUAUACAUAAAUAUAUAACAUGGUAUUACGGAUGUACACAAGGGGGCACCGUUCCUCUCUGUUUGAAUAUUUUGGAAUGAUGUAAUUGAUGUUGAAUAAAUCAAGUUUUCAAAA